AUGCUUUCUUGCUCUUUCUCCAUUGAUAGAAAGGUUUUUUUUCUUCAUUCACAUAUUAUUGAAUAUGAAGAUUUAGCUCGAUUAAUUUAUAAAAUAGCUGCAAUAACAAUCUAUGCAUUUAUUGGUGUCACUACACUUGGAACAGUGGAUGCUGAUACUAAAUCAUUAUUAGCUGGCAUUGGUAUAACAGGUUUUACAAUUGAUUUUGCUCUUAAAGAAGUAGCAACGAAUUUUAUAUUGGGUAUUUUUCUUGUUAUUAAUAAACCAUUUAUUUGA